GUGAAAUACACUUUCGAAGGCCCAGACAUGGUAGAGAGAUCCCACAGCACGGUGAUCAGUGCAAUGACUAUUGCGGCUGCAAGGGGACGUCCUGUUGACGGCAUAAAGGGACCAUCAGCCUGUGCUAAGCUGCGCUCACUGGACAUGGUGUGGGGUUUCCCCCCAGAUUAUUUGCAUUGUGUUCUGGAAGGCGUAGUUUCACAACUGAUGGAUCUUUGGUUGUGUUCAACUGGACAGCGGUGGUAUAUUGGAAACAGGCUCAAAGAGCUCGAUGAGCAAAUCGUAAAGAUUCACCCUCCAAUCUCUUUCACAAGGCUUCCCAGACCACUUUCAGAACGAUCAUUUUGGAAAGCCACUGAAUGGAAAUACUGGCUUCUGUAUUAUGGAGUGCCGACCCUCCAAAAUCUUCUUCCGCAAAGAUACCUAACACAUUUUUCUCUUCUUUCUCAAAGUGUGUUUAUGCUGUUGAAGACGACUAUUCAAGAGUGCGAGAUUAUCCUCGCUGAAAGAUUACUCAAGCAGUUUGUAGAAGAAGUUGCUACACUGUAUGGUGAAAAUCACCUAACAUUUAACAUUCACCAGCUUGUUCACCUCGCUAAAUCAGUGCGAAUGACCGGACCGUUGUGGGUCACUUCUACAUUUCCUUUCGAAGGGGGCAAUGGUGAAAUUUUAAAGCUUGUUUCUGCAGCCAAAGGUGUGCCUCAGCAAAUAGCCGAACGCUACAUCAUGCGAGAGCCUGUGAAUAUGAAUCCAAGCCUAUCGCAACUCGGAAGGCUUUUCUGCUCCACUGCCUUGGACCUCAGGCAAGACGAAUUACGCAAACCUUUCCUCUGCAGCCAACGGGAGAUGGUCAGACCGGGCAAAGAGAAAAUGCAGUAG